AUGAAUGAGUUUAUGAACUGCUCCGGUGCAUCCACUACCAACAAAGAGCAGCCUCCAAUUGUCAUUGUCGGUCCGUUUGAGCACCACUCUAAUAUACUUCCGUGGCGACACUUGGCAGCAAAGGUUCUGCGCGCUGAAACUGAUUCUUCUGGUACGGUGUCUCUUCGUUCUCUGGAGUCGCUGCUGCAGGUGACAGCUGCUGCGGAGGAGACCAUCGGGCGCGCAAACUGUAAACGGCCUGAUUGGUUUGAUGACAACAAUGUGACGAUUGACGCAUUGGUGUCAGAGAAGAAUGCAGCAUUUGCUGCACAUGUGGCAGACCCCAGUGACUUGGGGAAGAAGAGUCAGUUUCGCAAACUUCGACGGCGACUGACCCGAGAGCUCCGUCGCAUUAAAAAUGCAUGGUGGACGGAGAAGGCGAAGCAGAUGGAAUGCUACGCCGAACGCCGUCAACACAAGGAAUUCUUUGACUCCUUGAAGGCGGUGUAUGGACCGAGAUUGGAGCCGCUGAGGACACUGAUCGAUGGUAGUUCAGGCGCUACCUGCACCCGGACUGCAGACAUGAUGCAGGUCUGGCGGAAACACUUUGACUGUCUCUUGAACAACCGUUCAGAGAUCGACUGGCCUACAUUGAAUGGCCUGAAGCAGCACGAUGUGAAGGCGGAUCUGGCGGCUACGCCGAGACUGGGUGAGACGCAGAGAGCACUUGCUCAGCUGCGAAACGGCAAACGUGCCGGAGGUGACGGGAUCCCACCUGAAGUAUUGAAACACGGUGGACCCGCGUUGUUGACCGCGCUGCACCACUUGGUGCAACGCGUGUGGAUUGAGGAGGAGGUGCCUGCUGAGCUGAAGGAUGCCCUUGUGCUACCACUGUACAAGGGCAAAGGGAGCAAGCAAUGUUGCACGAAUUAUCGUGGCAUCAACUUGCUGAGUUGUGUGGGCAAGGUGAUUGCCCGAAUCCUGCUCAAUCGCCUCGUGAGUCAGAUUGUGGAACCUAACGUGGCGGAAGAGCAAUGUGGAUUCCGUUCUGGUCGCAGCACUAUAGAUAUGGUGUUUGCGGCUCGUCAGUUGCAAGAGAAGUGUAGAGAACGACACCAGCCAUUGUACUCGCUUUUUGUGGAUUUCACCAAGGCAUUUGAUACGGUGAACCGCGAGGCACUGUGGCUGGUGUUGGGUAAGUUUGGUUGCCCGCGUAAGUUUGUAAGUUUAAUUGAAUGUCUGCACAAUGGUAUGCGAGCGAGGGUGCAGCUGAGUGGAGAGACCUCUGAUGACUUUACAGUUGUCUCUGGUGUGAAGCAAGGCUGUGUGUUAGCUCCUACCCUGUUUAAUAUCUAUCUUCAUGCAAUGUUGUCUUGUGCUUUUGAUGCGGCUUGUGCUUACGGUGUUCGUGUGGAGCACCGUAUUGAUGGUGGCUUGCUGAACAUCCGUCGUUUCGGUGCGAGAACUCUAGUCUGUGAGACAACUAUCCGUAUGUUGCUGUUUGCUGACGACUGUGCGUUGUUUUCACACAGCGCGGAUGAGUUGCAGCACAUGACUAGUGCUCUGGCUUCGACAGCGGCCAAAUUCGGACUCACCAUCAACACAAGCAAAACUGUCUGUCUCUUUCAGCCUUCACCGGAGGUGCAAUCUUCAAUAUUGCAGCGAAUCAGCAUUGGUGCUGAAGUAUUGGAAACCACCUCCCGCUUUUGCUACCUUGGGAGUGUGAUAUCGACGGAUCAGCAGCUACACGUUGAGUUGCGUAAUCGCGUGUCGAAGGCGGCAGCGGCAUUCGGGAAGCUAGAGUACCGAGUGUGGAACAACCAUCAGCUUAGCAUUGACACGAAGCUGAUGGUGUACAAAUCCAUGGUACUGUCUGUUCUUCUAUACUGCAGUGAAACCUGGACGAUGUACCGUCGGGAUGUGCGAUAUCUCGAGCGGUUCCAUCAGCAGUGUGUGCGACGAAUUUUGCGGAUCGGCUGGGGCGCCAGAGUUGCAGACACGGAAGUGUUGCGCCGAAGUGGGAUGUAUGCAGUGGACGGCAUACUUUUACUGCGACACCUGAGAUGGCUCGGUCAUGUGAGCCGUAUGGAUUCGACGCGAAUACCGAAACAACUUUUAUACGGUCAGCUGAGUAUGGGGAAGCGGCAUGCUGGGAAACCAAAGUUACGUUACCAGGACAUGAUUAAAGUGAGCCUCACACGUUCUAAUCUUGAUUGCAGAUCAUGGGAAACGAAGGCGGCUGAUCGUGGUGCAUGGCGCGAUCUAAUCACGAAGGCAGUUGCUGAGGUGCGGGAGAAAGCCCUCAUGCAUGCAGAGAAGAAGCGGCAAGUGCGUAAGCGGCAAGCACCGAUGAAUUGUACUCCAUCGACAUCGAGCGCAUUGUGCUGUAGAACAUGCGGUCGCGAGUGCCUUAGUCAGGCAGGCCUAGUGAGCUAUGAGAGAGGUCACUCGGGACCACUGCCGAAGCGACGACGGGUCCCGCAGUGA